CGCACUUCUUCAUUGCCCCUUCUGGGUCCUCCAUGGCCAAUGUUUGCGGUUUUAGCAGUCUACCUGUUCAUCGUAAUGAAGUGGGGGCCUAAAUUUAUGGAAGACAGAAAGCCAUUUAAUGUAAAGCCCUUAAUACAGAUAUAUAAUCUUAUUCAGGUGGCGCUUAAUGCAUACAUAUUUACGGCGUCUCUUCGUGCUUCAUAUCUGAAACCCUACUUUAAUGUCUCCUGCCAACGAUAUGACCCAAAGGAUACGAGCCCUGAAAUGAUGGCCUUGCUCAUACCUGCAUAUCUUUAUUACAUUUCCAAAUACAUGGAUCUAUUGGACACAUUAUUUUUCUUGCUUCGAAAAAAGAACAGACAAAUUACAUUCCUCCAUGUGUAUCAUCACACAAUUAUGGUGUUCGCCGUUUGGGUUUAUUGCACUUUAAGUUUUGCUGCACACUUCACCUUCACCGGCAUCAUCAAUUCCUUCAUACACGUCUGUAUGUACAGUUAUUAUUUGAUGGCCACCAUGAAGUGGAAAGCGGACAUAACGCCAUGGAAGCGAACACUCACUCUGCUGCAGAUAUUGCAAUUCUGCUCAUUAACUAUUCAAUUAUCCCUGCCAAUACUGAAUAAUUGGUGUGGUCUGGACUUGUUUUGGAUAUGGGUAGCAUUCCUGCAAAAUUUCUUUAUGCUCAUACUCUUCUGCGAUUUUUACUACAAAACUUAUGUGCGCAAACUAAGCGAAAAGAAAACCAUGAGAAACAGCAAACAACAGCAGCAGCUUCAUUCAGCAGUUUGCCACUCUGUUGCAGGUGUUUCUUCUAGUGGCUCCUCGAAAUCUAUACAAAAUAUGGCUUACAUAACAAAAUAUAUAUAUCAACUAUUGCAUGGCAUUUUCGAGGAGCACAGGGAUCCUCGUGUGCAACAUUUACCGCUUGUGGGCUCGCCAUUUCCCGUCUUCGGCGUUAUUGCUGCCUAUUUAGCCUUUGUUUUGCAUUAUGGUCCCAAAUGGAUGGAAAAACGGAAGGCAUUCGACUUGAAAAAUGUGAUGCGCGUAUAUAAUGCGAUACAAGUGAUAGCCAAUUUCAUUAUAUUCGUAUGGGGCAUACCAAACUCGUAUUUACGCAAAGAGUUCAGCUUAACAUGUCAGCCGAUUGACCCCACCAACACAGAGCCAUGGAUGUGGAAAUUAAUUUAUCUUUCCUAUGCUUAUUACAUUACAAAGUACUUGGAUUUACUUGACACGAUUUUCUUUGUGUUGCGCAAGAAGAACAAUCAAAUCACCUUUCUGCAUGUUUACCAUCACGCCGGCAUGAUUUUCGGUGUUUACGUUUUCGUGGCUUUCUUGGCAGGCAGUCACAGCACUAUGUUGGGUAUUAUUAAUCUGCUCAUUCACACCGUUAUGUACUCCUACUAUUUUGUGACUUCGGUGUGGCCGGCUAAACAAUCCGUUUGGUGGAAGCGUUACAUUACACAAUUGCAAUUACUGCAGUUCGGCUAUUUGGUUAUACACUUUGCGAUGGCAAUUGUGUUCAAUCAUUGCCAACAUCCGGUGCUGAUCUCCUUUGUCGGGAUCACACAAAACGUUUUCAUGUUUGUGCUAUUCUUUGAUUUCUACUACAGUGAGUACGUAAGAAAACCAAAGUUGUUGGCCCGCAAUGAGCAGCAACAGCAGCGAAAGCUACAGAUAAAUUCGAAGGAGGCAGAUCAGGCGAAAACGCGGUCUGCACAGUCGGACAAUGUGCAAGCGCACACCUUAGCUUCGAAAGACGACAAUACACAAUUCGAUCGGCUGCAACAGGCACGCGCCACACAAGCGGCCGAGCAAUUGAACUCAUACAGCAAUACGGCGACUAGCAGAAGCAAGCUGCAUUUAUUGCCAACGUCUAGUCUACUUAAAGCGAAAUGCAGUUAA